CGGUGGAGGCGGGACGUACAUCGGCUCGGCUCUCGGGGGUGUUAGAGAGAGAGAACGCUGCAACCCCCCCUUUCGUCGCUUAUUGGUGUACCGUUGCAAUAAUAGUGUUGAAAAAGUGAUUACUUGUGUGAGGAAGUGUUUUGUGCUAAACCAUGUGAUCGUGGAAAAAUUGUUUAGUGUGUUUCAACGAAAAUCCAAGCAGGAUAAAUAUUGAUUUUGUUUGUGGUAGGAGUGUGUUAUAAGGGAAUACGAGAGUGAGAGAGAGAGGUCACACGAACACAGGAUUUGGCAUGUGCUAGGCAGCCUCCUCGACCCCAAGAUGAUGAUGCCCUCAGCGCUGCCCUUACUCCUCGUCGUCGGAUUAACGAGCUUCCAGCGGGCGGAGACUUACGGUUCCUUCCGGUCCCCCCGCAUCACGGAGCACCCGACGGACAUCACUGUGCCACGCAACGAGCCUGCAACACUCAAUUGCAAGGCGGAAGGCAAGCCACCGCCGGUCGUCAGGUGGUACAAGGACGGCCAGCUGGUUAGGACGUCCCCCGGCGACCCCAAGUCCCAGCGCGUCCUCCUGCCCACGGGGUCGCUGUUCUUCCUGCGGGUCGUCCACGGCAAGAAGGAGGACGACGCCGGGGUGUACUGGUGCCAGGCCAGCAACGAGGUCGGCACCGUUACGUCUAACAAUGCCACGCUCGAGAUAGCAGGUGAGUGUCUUGAGGCGACGACAGAUAAGGCAACUGAUAAGGAGUAACGUAAGUAUAAGUGAGAUAAGGCGCUCAGUUAGGAAAAGGACAGAAGGAUACGGGAUCAGAUAGCUGGUUUGAAUAAGUAUAUUUAUUAAGUAUAUUUAUUUGUAAAUGAAUGAAUUGAUAGAUGAAGAUAGUAAUUCCUCCAAAUGACAUAUGGUUGGAUAUAAAACGUGUAUGGAUAUAGAAAAGACGGGAGGUUCCGGAGUGAAAUGUAGGCAAAGAAAAGAAAAGAAGAAGAAGAAGAAGAAGAAGAAGAAGAAGAAGAAGAAGAAAAAAAAAGCUGUAUUUGCAAACUGUGUCUUAGAUGUGUCUCGAGUUCCUGCCGAGAGCGUUUUCAU